CUUGUUUGUCUUCCGGUUUCUAGCAAGCAUGGCGAACUUCAAGCAUGCCAAAGACGACAGGAGACAUGUGAGCGCGCCCGGUGAAAUGCCCGCCGCUCGCGCCCCGGUCGAGCCGGACAAAGCGUCCGCCGCUCGGGACGGGGCUGCGGGCGGCGUCCCCUGCGUCAUCCCGUCUUUCGCCGCCGCCUCGCAGCUGCUGUCGGCGCCAUACUCGUGUCUGGUUCUGAACCCGCACCGGAGACACGUCGCUCUGGCGCCGCAGUAUCUGAACAAGAAGAGGACGGGAAUACAGGAGGAGCUGGACGGAGAGCUGCUGAAGUUCUCCCAGAGUGUAAAUGGCGUGCCGUUAGCUUAUGACAACAUCAGGCUCCUGGGCCAACGAGGACACAUUUACGAUGACAGCGGCUACAUCCACAUGGACAUAGAAGCCAACUUUAUUGUAUUUCAGCCCAAAAAGGGACAGACCCUCCUGGGUAAAGUAAAUAAACUAGCCAUGAGCCACGUAGGCUGCCUUGUGCACGGCUGCUUCAAUGCCAGCAUCCCCAAACCAAAUCGCGUCUCCAUGGAAACCUGGAGGGAUAAUGGACCGAAGAUCGGGACAGAGCUGGAGUUCAAGGUGAUGGCUCUCGAUGCUGAUGCUGCAGGAGUCCUGCUGAUCCGGGGACAGUUAGAUCGGACCAGGGUGCAGGAGCUGCUGGCUAUGAGUGAGAACUCCGAGUCCGGCGUUCCCAUUGAACAGCUGGAACCACAGGAAGCAGAACCAGCUGCAGAACCAACCCUCCAGUCCCCCGACGACACGCCCAAGAAAAAGAAGAAGAAGAAAAAGGAAAUCAAAGAGGAGGAAACGGAAGGAGAGAUACCGGUACCAAGUAUACCUGCCAACCAGCUGAACGGAACAACGGAUGAGACAAACGGCAAGAAAAAGAAGAAAAAGAAAAAAGACAAGCAUUUAAAAGAGGAACAGGAGGAGGUGGAGAUCUCUCGCGAAGACGACGGGAGCAACAGUUCUGUUAGCGAAAAACCUCGCAAGAAAAGGAAGCGUGAAAGUGUGACUGAUCCCACAUCUAGUACGAGUGAAGAUAACGCACUGACAAAACCCAUGAAGAAGAGAAGAGGGGAGGCCGAUCGGUUUGUCUGAAGUGGAAAGAAAUGAUGGACUGGAUGUUCUAUAAGAAACUUACAUCAGUGAGGCAGAGCACCUUGAUGGAUCUGGAGGAAAAGCUUUAUGUGCCUUAAUCAAGUGCUGCUCGGUUUGAACUUGGACUGAAGAUUAAAUGAGCAGAAGAAACCAUCACUCAGUGGACUGUGAUUUCAGUUUGCUGCCUGCUGGUGGAGCUAAACCACUUCACAUACACCAGCCAACACAAAGAAACAGUCAGCACUGAACACCAACACAAACCAGUUUUUAUUUGGAGAAUUAAAACUGAUGUAAAAAAA